AUGGGCGACGCGCUGCCGGACGACAUUCUCAGCCAGUUUACAUCAACCAUCGCAUCUAACAACGUCGACGCUGUCCAUGGCCUUCUCAACGAACACUUCUCGGACCGAAGCAAAGCGUUUCCCGGAAAGUACCACGUUCACGAGCUGUACCCGUGUCUGAGCCAGGCAGCGCGUCAUAACCAAGUCGAAAUUUUAAACGAAAUCCUCGUACCGUACACACAUUUAUGCCACGCUUUUGACUUCGUUGCUAGAGAAGGCGCCGACAGCUACUCGAAAAACACGCUGCUCCUUCUUUUGCACCACGGGUGGGACAUUAAUCACCGACGCGACUCAGAUACGACCGUACUUGAGUCAUUUUUAUGUGACAGUACGCCGGAUCGCGAUAGUCAGGAACGCCGUGACAUGGCCUAUUGGUUGAUUGACCAUGGCGCCGCCCUUAACGACCGGCCAACUAAUACAGACAUGACCGGUAUGUCCUAUGCGGUGCUGCGUGCACCUGUCGACUUUGUGCGGGAACUACUAUACCACCACGGUGGUGACGCUAAAAGAGGCCAGUUGCUGCACAACACCCUCCUUCGGCGGCCUAGAGACGACAUUGUCGAGAUGCUGGGCCUGUUGCUGGACCGGGGCGCACCGUUGAACUUGACCUUGUACGCCAGUGAUGAAAGAUUAGCCCGUCUCUAUCGAAUCAUGGACUUGGGAACACCACUACACGAAGCUGCGCAAAUGGGAAAUGCUGAAGCAGUCAAGUAUCUGUUGGCGCAGGGCGCAGAUACGAGUAUCCUUAGCACGAGGAACCAAAUGACUGCGCAGGAGUGGGCUGUAAAGGCUGGCCACGAUGAAAUCGCUGCUAUUCUACAGUCAUCAGACCAGUUUAAAAUAUAA